AUGUAUAACGAAAUAUCUUCUAAUAACUAUGCAACUACAACAAAUACAACAAAAUGUGUCACCUCAAUAAUUGAACUCUUAGACCGAGAAAAAAUUCCUAAAGUUCGCUUGAAUCCCCCGGUUUAUCAACUUUCAACCAAAAGUUUCGCUGAUACUUGUCUCAAAAUUUUGAAUUCGAAACCCUCAUGGCAUCCCGGACAUGUUGGUUUUGAUACAGAGACUACAGUUUACAGACGAACAUGUCCACGAGUAGUAUCUAUGAUUCAAAUUGCUACUCGAGAAAUCUGUUUUUUAUUUCAAGUAUUUCGAAUUACUCAAGGGGAUGCCAAAAAAUUUCCUAAAUUAUUACAACAAUUCUUAGAUGACAAGAAAAUUUUAAAAGUAGGAGUUAAUGCGAAACAUGAUGCUGAUUGGUUGAAUAGUUCAUAUAAGAUUACAUGUAAAGGUAUUGUUAAUAUUGAAGAUAUUGCAAAAGAUCGAGGAUAUUCCGCAAGAUCAUUAUCAGAAUUAACUGCAAUGUUUGGAGAUACUGGACUGGUUUUAAAAAAAACAAAAAAAAUAUUAAAAUGGAAUUUUGAUGAUUCAAAACUGGAUCCUGAAUUGGUUUUAUAUGCAUCAUCUGAUGCUUUCGCUGGAAUUCAAGUAUAUGAAAAUAUUCUUGCGGAUAAAAUGAAUUACAAUUAUUUAAAUUAUGAAAAACUUCAUCCAAUGACUAGAAUAGCAGAAGAAAACGAAAUGUACGAAAUACUUUUACAAAAUUAUCCUAAAGGAAAGAGCCAUAAACAAAGCUUAUUAAUAAGAGAUUUGGAAAGCAAAUAUGAACGUUGGAUUAAAACAAAGCCCAAAUCACUAGAUCGACAUAAAGAAGUGGUUAAAACGAUUGAAACAUUUAUUAGCAAUGGACGUCUUAUUGCUGUUCAAGCUGUUCAGGAAGCCAAUGAGAAAAAGACUUUAGAAUCAUCUUCAACUAAUACAGAAGUAGAUAAAUCCGAUAAAUCAUCAGAAAAAUUAGAUAAAUCCGAUAAAUUAACAGAUAAAUUAACAGAUAAAUUAGAUAAAUCCGAUAAAUUAACAGAUAAAUUAGAUAAAUCCGAUAAAUUAACAGAUAAAUUAGAUAAAUCCGAUAAAUUAGCAGAUAAAUUAGAUAAAUCUAAUAAAUCAGAACGAUUACUCAAAAUUCCUGGUUUCUCGCUCGUAACUAUUCUUGCUAGUUCAUUUGCGGAUAAAUCUUUACCUUCUAAAGGUCUUUCUCCUGAAGAUUGUGCAUUUUUAAAAGAAAUAUCAUCUUACAUUUUGAAAGCUAUUAGAAAAGAGUCACUUGUUAAAUCAUAUAUUAACAAUGGGAAAAACAAAUCAAUAGAUACAAAAAAUGAAGCAGUUAUUUUUGAGAGGAUCAAUGAACUGGUACGUAAAAAUGUAUUGAAAUUAGGCGAGAAACAAAAUACAGUUCUUUGUGAUUCGAGAUGGUUAGAAGAAUUAGAAAAUGGCUAUGAUAAAUUCAUUUUGGAAAAUAAAGAAUUAGAAGGUAACAAAUCAUCUGAUGAAUUAAUAAAUGAGACAAAUGUAAUUGUGGAAUCCUCGAAGUUUUCUAACACGGAAACUGGAAUGAAUUUAACUUCAGAUCAAUCGAGUGGUGAUAAUCUAAUAGUUAACCUUUAA